UCAGAGAUGAGUGUCCUGAUGGUAAACUAACCAGAGCUAAGCUACGAACUCUAUUCAAAACCGUAUUCCCUGAGGGAAAUGCCGAUGUGUUCUGUAAACAUAUUCUCCGGAUAUUUGACACGGAUGGAAAUGAUUUCCUGGAUUUUAAAGAGUUUCUCAUGGCCAUGGAUAUAACCAGAUGCGAAACAGAUGACGCGAAGUUGAACUGGGCGUUUAAGCUGUAUGAUGUGGAUAAUGAUGGUAUGGUGGAUAUGAAGGAGAUUUCAGUUAUUAUGGAGACCUUGGACAGCAUUGAAGGAGUCGUUCCAGGAGAUGUAACGUAUGAUGCUAACGGGAACCCUGAUCCCCUUCAAUCCCCCCUGGAUCGUGCUGCGUCUCUGUUCAGUGCACUGGACAGGAAUGACUCCGGGUCUCUCACUAAACAGGAGUUCAUGGAGGCUUACAAACAAAGAAGUUUAGUUUUGAAGAAACAAGAUGAUAUAGAACAAAAGAGAAAACUGAAUUGUUUGAUACUUCUUGGUCCCGCUAUCAAACAGUGUGAAGUUGGUAAAGAGGAUAUAAAGGAUUUAUUAUUAAAACUUCUUUAUGAAAAGUCUGAAGUUGAAUUAGAAGCUAAAGACAUUGAGUUCGCCAACUUUAGAACCACAGAGGAUGGUCAUAAGAAUAUAUUUGUCAGGUUUCAUGAUGUUGAUUCUCGAAUGCGGGUUUGGAAUGCAAAGACGAUUGCAAAAAAGAAUCAACUCGUUAUGGAAGAGUGGCUUACAGCAUAUCGGUCUAAACUUGCCCAUAGAGCCCGCCUGCUCAAGAAGGAGGGUAUACUGGAUUCAGUUUUUACUAGGAACGGUGAUGUAUAUAUUGCUUAUGAGCUCAAGUAUGAUGUGAUCAAGAAGCAAAUAGAAACUGAAGUUGAUAUUGAUGAUCUAGAGAGAAUGCUCCGCAGGAUUCGUGGGUUCGACUAGAUACAGAUAUUCUGCAUCUAGAUACACAAGAAGAGUAUUCUGGACCCAGAUACAACUGAAGGAUAUUCUGGACCCAGAUACUGCUAAAGGAUAUUCUGGACCCAGAUACAACUGAAGGAUAUUCUGGACCCAGAUACAACUGAAGAAUAUUCUGGACCCAGAUACAACUAAAGGAUAUUCUGGACCCAGAUACAACUAAAGGAUAUUCUGGACCCAGAUAAAACUUAAGGAUAUUCUGGACCCAGAUACAUUUGGAGGAUAAUCUGGACCCAGAUACAACUGAAGACUGAAGACUUGAUAUACAGAUCUUUUGGAUCCAAAUUCAAUAGAAGUGGUAAUUCCAAACUUAAAUUUGGCUGAUAAUAGAGUUAUUAUCUGAGAUCCAGUUGUAAGACUAUAUAAAACUGAAGGCGGAGUUCAAAAGCUAGAUUCAGCUGAAAACUGAGUUUAAAAGUUAAAUCCAACUGAAGACAAAGAUCAAAGCUGAAUCCAGCUUCAAAAGGAGUUUUUAAAUUAGAUCCAUCGGAAAAAAGGUUACAGAGCUAAAUCUAGUUUUUCCUCAUCCGAAUUUUAUAUACAUUUUUUGAAGAUAUUGAAAUAUCGUCUCUUGAUUCCCAUGUUUCCUAUUUGGGUUUUUAUUGCAACUAUUUAUUUAAUUCUAGAUUUCAAAAUUUUUUCGAUAUUUACGUUUUCGAUUAAACAUUUUUUAAAUAGGCUAAAUAUUUGUAAUUAUACUUAUUAUUAUUAUCCCCAUUAAUUCCUGUGGGAAUAAGGGGUUAAUAAAUCUGUAAUCUUUUUGUAAUCCCAAGAUAUUAUUCUUAAAUAUUUAUUUAAAGAUAUAGUUGUUUUG